UAUUGCUGAAGUUCCUUGGCCGUGAUGGCCCGUCAUCAGGUUCCCUUAACCCGCAUCGAGUUUAGCGCUGCUCAAAUGGGCUUCAUGGCAAUGACCGUGCUCCUGUGUGCUUUUGCGCUCUUCAUGUGCGCAUCCCAUUCGAGGAGACGGAAGCAGUGGAACGAGUGCUAUGGGUUCUUCGAUGAAGAGCCUGUGACCAUAAUAGAGCUCCACAAUGAGAAUGCGGUUGUCGAGGGCCAGAUUGCCGAUGAGGAAGAGGAGACGGUGUUUAAUGGUGAGGCAGUGUGGCAAAAGAACAUCCUCAUGGGCGGGAAGUGCCAGUUGCCCGACUUUUCGGGGGUCAUAAUCUACGACGCCGAGGGGAACGUUGUUACACCGGCUACGACUCCCAGGCUGACAUGGAAGUGAUAGAAACAUGUCCUCCCAAGUAUAGCAGAGGUGGAAAUGAUCGGAACAUGUCCCGAGAAUUAGCCUGAUGAUUUUAAAAUGAAAUAUGCCCUUUCUGUGCUCAAUGUACUUUAUCAAAAUAAUUUAGUUGCUCAUAAUCAUU